AUGAAGCUCUCUACGCCCUUCACCCUCUUCGCCGCCUUCUCUGGCGUGUGGUCUAUAGUCAUCCCAAGACACCUCCCUAUCGCUCAAGUCAUGACCGAUCUUACCAAAAGCAUACGACAACUAGACAAGGCUUUCAUAGACUUCAGGGACGACAAUGCCCACAUUGAACCCGUCAUUAAAGCCGCCGACCAUGUCAUCGCGACGAUCGGCAAUGGCCAAAAGGUAGCCGAUCAACUCGACCCGAUCGAAAUCAAGGACGCCAUUCCCCUUAUCAAACCCGUCCGGACCCUCAACAAGUGGGUCAAGAAGCUUCUCGGAGAUAUGAAGAUACGUAGGCUACAGAUCCAAACGGCCAAGGCGUGUACCAUCACGCACGAAAAAGUCCACGAACUCAACCACGGAUCUCAAAAGCUCAUUGACACUGUUCACGGGAAGCUCAAGGCCGCGUUGGCUAGAGCGGCGGCUAAGCCCUUUAUCGACGGUAUCAAGAAGCUGCUCGAGGAAUCCGAGGCAGCCUUCUCUGCAGAGAGAUGCGUCAACGAGGAUUAA